AAGUCUUGAUCAUACAUGCAUACAUGUAGGUUAUAAUUAACUUCCCUUUUAAUUUACCACCACACCUCCUCUCCCAUCCUUCCUCUCAUCUUUCCUACUUUCCUUUCCUCCCUGGCCACACUGCUCCUCUGCUUGGCCGCCUCCAUGUAUCGGCCCACAGCAGCGCACUGAGACGCUUCUAAUCCUCUUUUGAUGAACUUGGUUAAUAGACCUCCUGCAGCGGGCUUUGGCUCUGUUCGUUAGGCAGCACACGACCCUCUCCACGCCCCCGGAGCACGCACUGCGCGUCCCCGCGGCUCCUCUGUCCAUAAAUUCACCCAUCAAAGUGCGGAAAGUUCAACGUUUGUUGAAGUUCUCAAUGAACUGACCGUGUUUAGUCUCAGGCACAAGUUUGUUCAGAGGAAGAAGAGCGAUGCCUCCGCGUAAAAGCCUCUUUGCGCCUUUCAUCUCAGUGGAUCCGGAGGGAGGAGUCGGCCCCGCGGCCCCGGCGGCUCUCCACGCCGACAUCCACGCUCUACUGCAGCGGAGCCGUGCGCAGGAACGAUCGGAGUCAGAGCGCACCAGAGGCAGCUGCGACCACCGAGACCCUCCGUGCGCCAUCGUGGAGCUACGGCUCGGACCCGCCUGCGGUGCGCUGCACUACCUCCAGCCGGACAAGUGCGCUCUGGAACGAGCGCAAAGGCGACGACGCCUCGCCGCCAAUGCCCGGGAGAGGAGGAGGAUGCUGGGGCUCAACGUCGCCUUUGACCGGCUCCGGAGCGUCAUCCCCAACCUGGAAAGCGACAAGAAGCUCUCCAAAUCAGAAACUCUCCAAAUGGCGCAGAUAUAUAUCGCCACCCUCAGCGAGCUGCUCCAGGAGGGCGCCCGCGGAGAAGCCGUUCCCAACAGCGCACCGCGGCCCCCGGGGGCCUCCCCGUCUUCACAGGGGACCACACUUCUCGCAAGGGAGCCAUCGGGGCCAGGCAGGGACUUUCACACCGGCAAGGGCUGCGGAGGCCCGGUGCGCACAGAGGAGUUAUGAUGGAGACAUGCGAGAGAGAACGACCAAGUGACAUUUAAAAACUGAAAGAAUGUGUUAACAUGAGACGGUUUUCUACAUUUCUCCAAUUUUGUUUGUAAUUAUUUGUUCCCUGUAUGAAUUUCUCAGAGAUCUCUCUUUGUAAUGUAUUAUGUAUUUUAGAUGCCUGAGAGGCCUCCUGUUAAAAAUAUAUUUUUCUUGCCAGACCUGAAUUUCUGAUAUAUUAUUAUGCAACAUUUUUUGACUUUACAGGUUGUAGCUCAGUUUGUAAAUAACACUGCAGUUAUGUCUUUUUAUUAUCUGAAAAAAAAGUAGAUGAAGAAAUAUUUUACACCAAAAUUCUGACCCUCCCUCAUAGAUAUAUAUUUUUUUAUUUCCAGGGCAGACAGUUCUUUGAGAAAUGAUCAUCACCAACACACAAAAUGGGAGGAGGCCGAAUAGAAAGACAGAAAAGGAAAUACUGAAAGUAGCAAUUUUUAUUAUUUUAAAAUUAUGUACAGGUAACCAAAGACAUCAGUCUGCAAAUUGGUACAAAGAUCAAGUUUUCCUGCAGUUGGCUUGUUAAGAAGCUCUCUGUCUGUCUGUCCAAAACAACAACACGACUGGGAGAAAAGGCUUUAGAAAAUGAAAAAUAGAGUCAGAUUCAGAAAAGUAGAGUCUACUGGUCUAAAUUUAAAUUUGAAUUGAAUCCUCCCACCCCACCCACAGUCCCACCCAUGCCCAUUACCCAUCAGUCUCUCCUCCUACAUGAGGAAAUCAAUCUAUAUACAGGAAACUAUGUACAAAAAGCUCUUCCAUUCAUUCUUCCAGACGUCUGUGAAUAAAGCUCUUGUAAACUUUUUUUUUUUUUUUUUUUAAAGGAGUGUGAGGAUUGAGCUGUGUGUGUAUGUGUGUAUGAGACAGUGCCUUAAUGAUCAGAGGAACAGACAAAUACAAGAUAACGGUAUGAACAUGCUCAAUGACGUGCUUCAAACUUUUAACAGCUGAAGAAAUUCAAGAACUUGUCUGCGUUCAAAAGAAGAAAAAAAAAAAACAACAGCCAAUUCAAUCUUAACUUUCCAAAUCUAAACAAGCCAGACAGAAAAACUCUUUGGACAAGUUAAUGGAACAAAUUAUUAAUUUUAACUGGACAUUUUAAAUGCUAUUUUGCUCAGAUGAAUGUGUCUUCUAUUCCUUACUAAUUUCAAGGAAUGAGCACUGUUUCUGGGAAAAGCAUCAAAACUAUUUCACCACUUUUUACUUGUCCACUUGAAAGGUGAAUCAGUUCUUAAACUGAAGUGCCAUGGAUCAUUUCUUUUUAAGUUUUUGUUUAAAAAAAGUAAGUAACACUGAUAUCACUUUCUAAUAAGGCAGCCUUCACAAAAAGUGUAGAAGUUGUAACUAAUGGCCUAAUUAAUGGUUAAUAAAUCAUUUACUAAAGGUUUAUAAAUGAGUUAUAAGCCAUUAAAAGGACACUCCAUAAAUUUUACUUAUUAAGUUCAGUUUACUUGUCAUGGUUAGUACAACUCAGCCUCUGAUAACAGCUGUAUUGUCUGUGGCUCUGAAAGGAGUUUUCUUAAGUCUGAAAAAAAUAACUCCAGAGAUGUCACAGUGAUGCCAUCAGGGUCAUCUCAGAGUGGGAAAGUCUGAGUCACAAACUGGAGCUUUCCCCAAAUCUGCUGCUUCAGUUGUGAUCAUUCUCUUUGGAAUCUAUCCACCUCAUGGAAGUGCAACACAAAACCACUGAAGUAACCGUUAAAUCGACAAAACCUUUAACUUUGUCUUGUCACAGCCAAUGAAUUGAAGGAACCUUUUAUUAAUAACUCAUUAACAUUCAUAAUCAUGUAUAAUUGUGAGUAAAUGUCAUGCUGGAGGAGGAUACACCAGUCGAAGAGAUGUUUCACAAUGUGGCAACCUAAAGGUUUUUUCUUAUUCAAGCUUAUUAUUUAGCCAUAAAAUAUAAAUGGUUUAUUACCAUCAAUAAACCAAUUAGUGACAACUCAUACUCCCUUUAUCAGAAAGUGGUACUAAUAUGUUUUU